AUGACGGAUUGCAAGUACGACUGCGUGACGCUUCAUAACGGUGUACGGAUUCCGCAGCUUGGCUUGGGUGUCUGGCGGGCGGAGGACGGGGCCGAGACUGCGAAUGCAGUUCGGCAGGCGAUUGAGGCGGGCUACCGCCACAUCGACACGGCAUACUUCUACAAAAAUGAAAAGGGUGUGGGACAGGGGAUCCGUGACGCGGGGGUGCCGCGUGAGGAGGUGUGGGUAACGACAAAACUCUGGAAUUCAGACCAUGGCUACGACAAGGUGUUUGCAGCGUUUGAACGUAGCCGUGAGCUGCUUGGCUUGGAGUAUAUUGACCUCUAUCUAAUUCACUGGCCGGGGAAAAAAAAAUUUGUUGAGACGUGGAAGGCGCUGGAAAAGUUGUACGAGGAUAAAAAGGUGCGGGCAAUUGGUGUUUGCAACUUUGAACCGCAUCACCUUAAUGAACUCUUCCAGAGCUGCAAGGUCCGGCCGAUGGUGAACCAGGUGGAGCUCCACCCCCAGUUUCAGCAGCAUCUUGUACGGGAGUUCUGCAAGCAGCACAACAUUGCUGUCAUCGCCUGGUCGCCACUUGGCAAAGGGGCGCGGAGCGGCAUCCUGCGGAGCCCUGUGCUUGAGGAGAUAGCCAAGAGGCACGGUAAAUCCCCAGCGCAGGUCAUCAUCCGCUGGGACCUUCAGCACGGUAUUGUGACAAUCCCCAAAUCCACACAUCAGGAUCGCAUUAAAGAAAACUUUGAUGUUUGGGACUUUAAGCUGAGUGAGGAGGAAAUGCAUAAAAUCGAUGGCCUCAAUGAGGAUAAGCGCCUUGGUGGGCAUCCUGAUGACUUUUUCCCCGAUGGAGAGGAGUGA